UUUGUGAGCUCCGGCAACAGAUGGCGGAGGUAGCGGGGACGGUAUCCAGAACAAAUCUGACGGGGUGUAGGCACUAAUGGAGGAGUCCGGACCAGUUACCAGAGUUGGUUGUCUAAUGAAGAACCAGGAGGAGGCCUAGUCAUUCGGACCCCAUUGAGAAUUUCUUAUCAACGGUCUUGGAUUUUGCUCUUUUUUUGCCUUCGUUGUCUUCUGGAGGCCGCAGAAGCCUCGGGAUAUAUUUGGCGGCACACCGAGCCGAGUGCAAGAAGACAUCUGUGGGACUGUUUGGAAAGUGUCAUAAAAUGUAUUUGCCAGAAUCUGCCGGUUGGAGGUCCUAACGUAUUUAUUCCGCUGAGUCAGUUGUAGAUACAUGACAGCCAAAAGUGGAAUUGAUGUGGAGUAGAAGAAAGUUAACUAGUUAGCUAGCUUGCUCUAAUGCUAGUUAGCUAGCUAGCAGCGAAACUCUUGCAUGUUGAAUGAAUGAAUGAAUUGGCGACCACCUACAUAUAACUAGCAGCUGCUUGUUGUUAUUGCAGGAAUACAUCGAGUAUUUAAGAUAAGACGACACUUAUUUCCACGGCAAGUGAAACACUGUAUACCCACAAAUGGACAGGAAUGCGAUUCCUGGGAGUUGGACAGCGGCGAUUUAGCACACAAAGAUAGUGUUGUGUUAAUACUGACUACAGCCUGGUAAUGUUUUUGAGGCUGGGGGAAGCUGACUUUAGCUAGCUACAGAUAUUUGCACUGCAAGGACUUGGCUUCAACUACGUGAAGCUUACACCCGGUUUGGAAUGGGGAACACGGUAUCAUGCUGCGUCUCUCCCGAGUCGAGCCCCAAACUACCUUCGAGACAGCCGGUAGAGCGGCUGGAGGAGUUCCAGACCAGCACCGAAGUGAGCGAUGAUAACACCGUGCCCUACCUGCAGCAUAUAAGCGACAGAGAGGUCCCUGAUGAGCUGGCCUUGGAGUCUAACCCGUCGGACCACGCCCGAGCGAGCACCAUCUUCCUUAGCAAGUCUCAGACAGACGUGCGAGACAAGAGGAAAAGCAACCACAUAAAUCAUAUCAGUCAUGUAUCUCCUGGUCCACUGUCAAAGAAAUACAGCUCCUGUUCCACAAUCUUCAUAGAUGACAGCACCGUCAGCCAGCCAAACCUCAAAAGCACAAUCAAAUGUGUCACAUUAGCAAUAUACUACCACAUUAAAAACCGGGACUCAGACAGGUCACUGGACAUCUUUGAUGAGAAGUUGCACCCCUUAUCAAGAGAGCCAGUGCCAGAUGACUACACCUGCGCAGACCCGGAACACAAACUGAUCUAUCGCUUCGUCAGAACACUCUUCAGCGCUGCACAGCUCACCGCAGAAUGUGCCAUCGUCACACUUGUGUACUUGGAACGCCUGCUGACCUACGCUGAACUGGAUAUCUGCCCCGCCAACUGGAAGCGAAUCGUCCUGGGAGCCAUCUUGUUGGCUUCCAAAGUCUGGGAUGACCAGGCUGUGUGGAAUGUCGACUACUGCCAGAUCCUUAAAGACAUCACUGUGGAGGACAUGAAUGAGAUGGAGCGUCACUUCCUGGAACUUCUCCAGUUUAAUAUCAACGUGCCAGCCAGUGUCUAUGCCAAGUACUACUUUGAUCUACGGCAGCUGGCUGAUGACAACAACCUCAACUUCCCUCUGGAGCCUCUCAACAACCAGCGUGCCCAGAAACUAGAGGCCAUUUCAAGACUAUGUGAGGACAAGUACAAGGACCUGAGCCGAGCAGCAAUGAGACGAUCCUUCAGUGCAGACAACCUGAUAGGUAUACGACGCUCCAAUGCCGUGCUGUCGUAGGCCGGACUGCUGCCAUCUGCGCUCUUAUUUCCAAAGCCCAGCUGACCCACAGCCAGCCCCAGAUAAACACGGCCAACUCACUGGGUCGACACAGCCACACCAGGCAGGAUUCAGGCUUGAAAUGCUACUGUAUGGCCUACCCUAACGGUAAUUUGCAUUACAGCUGUAGAGCUGCAUGAUUGUGAAACCUAAAACUUUACCACACAUCUAUUGUUUUUACAAAUUCCCUAUUUAUUUCUUAAUCGUCCCUUUAUUUCCACAAUAGUGUUAAACAGGACCGGCUCUGAUGCAGUCGAUAUCUAAGGGGUGUAGUCUUGGGAUUGUUAUAAAAAUGUAAUUUUUGCAAAAAAAAAAAAUGUUUGAAUUAUUCCAUAAAGCCUUAAAGGAUGAGUCUGGUGUUAGUCUAUAUUUUGUCAU